AUGUCAAGCGAAGAGAAUCAAUUCAACGUGCAAGGUUACAAUAUUGUGACGAUUCUCAAGAGACUUGAGGCCGCAACGUCACGUCUUGAGGACAUAACUGUGUUCCAAGACGAAGCAAACAAGCAAAGAGCACUUCAACAACCAAAUCUGGACAAUCUGCAAGAGAACAUUCAAAGUACCAAUACAAAUUCACAAACAAGUUCUGGAACUGGAAACGGAACCGGAAGUGCGACUGCAACAGAAAAUCAAGCUGCGUCAACUUCUGCUGGUGUUACAUCUACUGGUUCUGGAUCAACUCAACCACAAGAGGAUUCCAAGCCCAAAUCAAUUGUAGCCUUUGAAGAAUACAUAAAGGCAAAUGUUGUUCCUUUAAUUGAAGAGUCCAGCCAAAUUGAUCCGAUAGUUGCAGAAUCUGCAAACUUGUUUGGCCAAGCAUUCAAAGACCAAUUGAGUUUUUUACAAAUUGCCUCACAAUCUCAAAAACCUGACUAUUCAGACCCUGCAUUUGUCAAGGUUAUGGCACCCUUAAAUGAUAAAAUAACAAAGAUCAAUGACUUGAAAGAUGCUAAUCGUAAAUCAGAAUUUUUUAAUCACUUGAACUCGAUCAGCGAGAGUGGUGCCAUAUUCUUUUGGAUUGGAGUUCCAACUCCCGUGUCGUAUAUUUCUGAUACCAAAGAUAGUGCCAAAUUUUGGUUGGACAGAGUAUUGAGGGAUUUCAAGGGAAAAGACCCUAUUCAUGUCCAAUGGGUCAAUCAAGUUUCCAAAAUUUUUGACGAAUUAAAAGCAUAUGUCAAGGAGUAUCAUACGACUGGUCCUUCAUGGAAUCCAAACGGCACAUCGUUUGCAGCUGCUGUCGAAAAACAUUUCAGUUCUGGGGAAAGUGCUCCAUCCAGCUCAAACACCACUGCUCCUGCACCUGUGCCUACGCCUGCUGGAUCAGGUACUUCUUCUGUACCAGCACCUCCUCCUCCUCCACCACCUCCUGCGUCAAUCUUUGAAGAUUCUUCCGCGGGAUCUGCUGCAAACUCUGGCUCAGCUGCAACGGGUGGUGGAAUGAAUGCUGUAUUUGCACAAUUGAACCAAGGAACCAGUGUUACUUCUGGAUUGAAAAAAGUGGAAAAGUCCGAGAUGACACACAAGAACCCCGAAUUAAGAAAGCAACCACCUGUUGCUCCAAAGAAACCAAAGAAUCUUUCCAGAUCAACCUCUUCAGCAGCUGCAUCUGCAUCUGCAGAUGCCGGUACUGGUGUUGGUGCCGGUGCUGGUGCUGGUGCUGCUGUCAAGAGACCACCAAAGAAGGAAUUAGUGGAUGGUACUAAAUGGAUUAUUCAAAACUAUACCAAAGACGAUUUAAAGGCGGAAGGUUUGCAAACAAUUGCUAUUGAAACCGAGAUGCAUCAAUCUGUGUUUAUUGGUAAUUGUUCGGAUGUCACCAUUCAGAUUAAAGGUAAGGCCAACGCCGUUUCUAUUUCAGAGACCAAGAGUAUUGGUGUCGUAAUUGAUUCAUUGGUCUCAGGAGUGGAACUUAUCAAAUCCUACAAAUAUGGUUUGCAAGUUACUGGGUUGGUGCCAAUGAUCAGUAUAGACAAAUCUGAUGAAGGUAGUAUCUACUUGUCUCAAGAAAGUAUCGAUCACGACGUGCAAAUAUUUACGAGUAGUUCAACUGCAUUGAACAUCAAUGUCCCAGAGGCAAAUGAUGACUACAAAGAAUUAGCGGUGCCUGAACAAUUUGUAUCUACUAUCAAGGACGGCAAGUUGGUGAGUAGUAUCAAUGAACACGCUGGUUAA